AAAAAUGCCGUUAAUUUCAGGAAUGAGCGACGUGCGAGUCAUUAUCACCUGUGUAGCAAUUGGAGGAUGCUUAUUAGUUCUAUAUCCAAAAGUCUUUUCGCCGAUAAUUUCAAACAUGUUUGGUGGAAAAAAAGUGAAAACGUCACAGGCAGCUCACAUGGGUGGUAUGGAUCAUCCAAGGGCUCAUCACCCUUUCCAAGGGGAAGGUAGACCUAAUCAACCACCAAUUCCACCAAACAUGGAUGCCGAAAUACAGAAGCAUAUGAGGCAGCAUGGACCACACCCUGGGAUGAGACAUGCAGCAGACAUGAAACAGCAGUCAAAAACAGGAAGCAGUGGUCGGGGAGGCAUGAUGGGAAUGAUACUUCCAGUGUAUGCUGUUGGAAUUAUUGGUUACCUCAUUUAUACACUGGUCAAAGUCUUCAACAAGAGCAGUAAAGGAGAGUACAACAAAAAGCCAGGAAAUGGGCAGGUACAGACUAAAAGUCUUAACACUUCAGAAGAGAGCUCUACAAUAGAGGAGGCAUCACUGAAUGAACUGAGGGAGAGCAGUGCUAAACUCUCAGAGCUGGAAAACCUAUUGUCCAAAGCAGAUGACAAGAGCAUCAGCACUGAUGAAAUGAGAGCCCUUCAAACAAGACUAGAAGAAACUGAGAAACAGAUGGCAAGGAUUUUGAAAGCUAUGCAGACUGUGUCUUCUAAAGUGUCCCAUGUGGUUGAAUCCAAAGAAAACAUUGAGAAAUCUGAAGAAAAAUAUGAGAGUGAAUCAGAGCAGAAUUCUCCGACGGGAAUGGAUGGACCAGGUGUUGAAUCCACCAAAGAUGAUGGGACACAACAGGAAAGGGAGAAGAAGGAAGAAAAGAAAGACAGAGACCUUGAGGAGGAAGUUAUUCUUUUGGAUAGUCAGAAAGGAAAAGACUUGGAGGAGGAGCAAGGUGUGAGACAAAGGAAGGUUCAGGGGGAGCUGAAUGAACACUAAGAGUUGAGAGAAUAGACAUUUGAGCCAACGUGCAAUUUGAUAACAAUUUAAUGCUCUAGACAUGUGCGACUAAACCGUCUCAACAGAACCAUACAAAUCAUGAACUCAAUCAACUUAUAUGUUCAUCAAUUUGACAAUCCCUAUAAAAUUUCAAAUAUAUAAUACACAGUAUCUUAUCCCUAAGAAGAGUUUCAUGUUCAAGUUUGAACCCAUAGUAUAGAAAAUACAUAAAUGGAUUGGAGGUACCUGUACCGUACAUUUUUAAAACCUUACUUGACAAUGUACAUAUUUGUGAUAUAUGAGUUUUGGGUUUUUUUGGAAAUUACUUUAUCUCUUUUUUUGAAUCCAGCAGGGAUAUGAUUUCUUAGAUGUUUGCUGAUUUUUUAUCUACAGUGUGCACAGGCACCUGACGUUAAAAAAAUUUUUCUUGUUAUAUCAAGAUAAUUCCCUGUACUCUGAUAAUAACUAGAAAUUAUCUUCCUAUAAAAACAAAUACUUUUAAUGUCAGGUACCUAUGACUGUCACAGUACUGUAUACAGGUGAAUCUCGAUAACUCGAACUUCAGGGGACCAUGAUUAAACUUCAAGAGAUCAAGAGUUCGAGAAAUCGAAAGUUUAAAAAAUCCCGAAUUUUUUUGUUUCGUUCAUUUUGGUUCUAAAAUUAUAUAAGCCGGAAGUUUAUACUUAUAACAUUGAAGGAUAGUCUAACAUGAUUUCAUUCGUAUUUUCUGCUACAUUACUUCAAUUUAAACAAUAGAGAACUUAUUUGUGUGGUUAUUAAGUGUAUUUUUUUAUGUUAAAAAACUUUUAAGUAUACUAUGUUUUCUUAAGGUCAGAUGACACGUUCCUCAAUUUUUCCAGGAAUUUGUUAUUGAUUUACUACUACUUUGAGAAGCUUUCUUGCAAAAAAUUAGGAUAACUUACCAGGAAUUUCUGCAAAAUACUAGCUAGAGUAUGCAAUUUCCUAUAUAAUCUUUUUGAAAAUACACUUGAAUUGCUGAUAUAAAAAUUUAUAUAUUGAUUUGUACAGCCAGAGAUGGUGUUUCAACUUACGACCCAUGGAACCUGCAGUUCUAGCAGUGUGCGGCCACCGCUCUAACCACUCGGCCAUCUAGGUUUACAAAUGCAAAAAGUAAAAAUUCUAAAUCAUUUUAAAAAUGAUUAUAAAUAAUAAUUUUUAUUGGAAAUCUUUAUUAUGAGGAGAUACAAAAAAGAUGCUCGAGGAACGUGUCGUCAUAAAAUAUUUUAAAUAAAGAGCGGUUUACCGUUACUUUCACAAGUUGUUGAAAUUAAUAGAUCAAUUAUAAAUUACUGAUCUACCCAUUGAAGGAAGCAAGGGGUAGUGUCACUUACGUAAUGAACUAAUUAACACUACCACGCUAGCCCCCAGAAGUUAACUCAACCGUCCAGGUAAGGUCCACGCGGCGGUAUAAUUAUACGCUUUAUCGCGCGUGUACACAGCAACCACUUUGAGUUAUCAAGAGUAGAAAACAAUUAAAUAUGUAUAAAGGAUCUAGGUUUUACUUCGAGAGAUUAAGAACUUCAAGAGAUCGGAGUUUGAGAGAUCAAGAGUUAAUUUGCUUAAUUAUAUAGAGAAAAAAAUCGGGACCGUGAGUUCACUUUGAGAGAUCAAGAACUUGGAGGGAUCGAAAUUCGAGCCAUCAAGUGUCACCUGUAAUUGUAUUUUUCUGUGGGAUAUUAUUUUUUGUAAAAUUUUGUGGUUUCAGCUUAAAGCUGCUUGGUCCGAUUUUAUGUACGCUUUUGAACGAUUGCUUUGUUAAGUAUAUGUGUAAUAAUGGGCAACUAAGCAGUUUUCCAAGUCAUUUAAGCCAUUUUAAUUUGAAUGUAAUAAACAAAAUUUGUGCAAACUUUUCAUAAAAGCCAGGGUACUGCAUUACCUCACCCCUUAUGAAUAUUUGCCCCGAACAUCAAUACAGGUAGGCUUGUGUAACAAUUUUGACAUUCGCUUAUAUAAAUAAAUGAAAUACAUGAAUGUUGCAUGUUUGGGGAAAAUCACAAAUAAACCUGUGUACAUUUUUUCAAUAAUUUUAAGUUUCAGAAGUUUGUUGUGUUUACAAUUGAUGCAUAAUAGGCAUGUUAAUAAACCCAAUCAAUUGAGGGACGAAAUGAAACGGUUCUCUUUCCUUAACACACUCAUUAUGUUUUUAAUAAUUUAAUAAAUAAUUUUAAAUUAUA